AUGGCCGGCCCUCCGCCCCCUCUCCCGCCCUACAUCAUAACCUUUGGGCCCAAAUCCAACUGCACCCUCGACAUCUGCCCGCUCGAGUACAGCCUGUACAAGUACCGCCCAAACCUCGCCGUCAACAUCCUCUUCCUCGCCCUCUUCGCCCUCGCCGGCGCCGUACAUGUCGUUCUCGGCAUCAAGUGGCGGCAGUGGUGGUUCAUGGCCUUCAUGCUCGCCGGCUGCCUCAGCGAGAUUGUCGGCUACGUCGGCCGCAUCAUCAUGUACAAGAACCCGUUCGAGUUCAUCGCCUUUAUGCUCCAAAUCGUCUUCAUCACGAGCGGUCCCGUCUACUACACCGCCGCCAUCUAUGUUACCAUUUCAAAAGCCAUCGAAUCCUUCGCGCCGGAGCUCUCCCGCAUCCCCACAAAGUACAUCUACUGGCUCUUCAUCUCCUUUGACGUCUUCUGCCUCGUCCUGCAGGCCGCCGGCGGCGCGCUGAGCACCACCUCAAAAGGAAGCUCCGACACGGGCGUCGACCUCGCCAUGGCGGGGUUGGUCAUCCAGGUCGUCGUCCUCGUCACCUUUUGCUCGCUCUUUGCAGACUACAUGAUCCGCUACACGCGGUCCGACGUUGCGCGCAAGCUCACGCGCCGGGAGAAGACGUUUUUCGGGUUCCUGGCGUUGGCAAUCGUGCUCAUCCUUGCGCGGUGCGCGUACCGCGUGGACGAACUGAGCGAGGGAUACUCGAACUCUGACAAGAUUACGAAUGAGGGCUUGUUUAUCGGGUUGGAGGGAGUCCUCAUCAUCUGCGCUGUGUUUGCGCUGUGCCUUGGACACCCCGGGCUUCUAUUCGGUAAGAACAAGGCCACAAACGUUGUAAGAAAGGAGUCGAGUGUGGAGAGCGGGACCGAAAGUGGCACGACGGAGACGAAGCACAAGUGA